UUCAGCAGCGGGGCAAUGGCGGAUAAGUCAACGCGUUAGAAGGAAGCUAGCUCAUUGUUUAACACAGGCUAGCAGCUGUUUUUUCAUCGAGACUUUAUUGUAAGUAGAAGACAAGUAAUCGUAUUUUUGAAGCCAAGAAUUCAAGAUGAACAUUAUUCCGACUAAACGAGGCGCGUUAAACGUGACGACCGGAGUCAUGGGCUGUUUUAUUCUUCCUCAAAAUGGAGGCGUGGAGGGAAACAUUAACUACGGCUCCAGAGAGUCCUCCCGGCAGAUCGCCAUGGGCUCAUCGAAGGACUCUCAUAACGGGAAUGUUAGCUGUAAUGAUACCCCGAAACGGCCCCGGGUCCUCGGGGUCAACUCAAACGGGUAUGCGACCAAGAAUCUCCGGGACGACAGCGAGGACAUCGACAACGGCUCUCUGCCGUGCACACCGGAGGUACAGUCGGACAGCGAGGUGGAGGUGUCCGGCUGCCCGGCGGGGGACGAGGUCCUGGAGAGCGACACCAGGCAGCUGCUGAGCCGCUUCUUCAGAGACUUUAGCGGACUUUCUAAACCUCAGUGGAAUGAGAGCAGACAACUAGCGACUAUGAAAAGAGUUGUGGAGGACGUUUUGGAAAAGCACAGAUAUGCGUUCAAUGGUAUGAUCAACAAACUGUCGUUGGACGACAGGAGAGAUGACGACAGUUUUGUCAGCGCUGUAGCCAAGAGCCUGUUUGCAGAUGGAACAACCAACUGGGGUCGUGUGGCCAGCCUGGUGGCGUUUGGGGCAGUGGUGUGUCAGUACCUGAAGGAGAAGGGCAGGGAGAACUGUGUGGAGCUGGUGGGACAGGAGAUAUCCACCUACCUGCUGUCUGACCAGAGGGACUGGCUGGUUAAAAACAACGGCUGGGAUGGUUUUGUGGAGUUCUUUCGAGUAGCAGACCCAGAGUCCAAAGUAAGGAACACACUCAUGGCCUUUGCUGGAUUUGCCGGUAUCGGGGCGACCCUGGCCCUGUUGAUCAGGUGAAUUUUUGGAACUCAGAGACUUAUUUUCACACUGUGGAAGCUUCUGCUCAUGGCAACAAUUCCUCCACGUUGAACUUGGACUUUGAUGGACUUAAACCAGCUGACAGGGGGGGUUCUUUUGUGUCUUCUUUGGCUCUCUUCACCCACACCUGCAAACAAGAACAGUUUUUUCUGUUGACAUGUAUGGACAGACUUCACUGACUACAAGACAAACUUCAAACAAUUAGGGGUUAUUUAAUAGUAAAUAAAUCUAUUUUUCUAAUAAAUGUUCUAAGGCAGUCAGUUGAGCUGAUUUCUGCUUAAUUUUCACCUGAUUAUGUUUACCUAUUUGUUCACGAUUAUAUCACAUUUCCCUGGAGGCACUGGUGUUUUGUUAGUGAGCCUAAAGCCAAAGCAGGAAGGGCCAGCUGCAGUUUUCCAUGUCAUGCAGUCAUGAAGCCUAUUUCCAUAGAGCCCAUUCUGAACCUGUGGAUGUUUUGUAUGGACACUUCACCCCUGUGAGGGGAGGAGGGGGGGGAUUUGCAUGAGUGUAGCUUCACUUCCUUGUUAGGAAAAUUGAGGAUCUGCACUAGGAGAUGUGAAGCAACCACAGGCUGCACAGCAGUCUGGAAAGUUUGUGUCUGUUCUGAACAAACAAGGACUGUGAGAUUGUGCUGGCCGACUGCACAGAAGCUGACAGACGUUCGGGAGCACGCUGGUUCUCUGUGAGAGAAUCCAGUGAUUAACAGUACAGAUCCAGAUGUAAGCUACCAAAUCUGUAGAGGUGAAACAAUAAAAAAAGAAAUUUUCACACAAUUAAA